AUGCCAGUCACAACCACCACGCGCUCUCUUAAACCAAAUGAUAACAACAAAUUAGCUAUUCUCAAAAGGCUAGCAAACUGUGCAGAAUUAGUACAUGCAAUGACAUUCGCAUUGGCAGAAAGUGCCAGCCCAAGAGUGUCACUGACUGACCACAAUCCCACAGGGGCUCUAACUGUCAAAUACCAAUGUACUCAAAAGUCUAGCUGCCCCUCAGCGCUGUGUUCGCAGCGGGAGUGCGUGUCGGUGCACAUCGGGCAGGCCGGCGUGCAGAUCGGCAGCGCGUGCUGGGAGCUGUACUGCCUGGAGCACGGCAUACAGCCCAACGGCCGCAUCCCCUCCGACAAGGUGGCCAUCGACACCGAGUGCUACACCACCUUCUUCUCGCAGACCGAGGCGGGCAAGAUCUCGCCACGCGCGCUCAUGAUAGACCUCGAGCCCACCACCAUUGACGAGGUGCGGACGGGCAGCCACCGCGACCUGUACCACCCGCAGUCGCUGGUGGCCGGCAAGGAGGAUGCGGCCAACAACUACGCGCGCGGCCGCCACUCGAUCGGCGGCGAGAUGAUCGACACGGUGCUGGACCGCGUGCGCAAGGUGGUCGACGGCUGCGAGAGCCUGCAGGGCUUCCUGCUCUUCCACUCGUUCGGCGGCGGCACCGGCUCCGGCUUCACCUCGCUCGUCAUGGAGAAGCUCUCCGAGGAGUUCUCCAAGAAGAGCAAGCUCGAGUUCGCCGUCUACCCUGCGCCACAGGUAUCUACGGCGGUGGUGGAGCCGUAUAACGCGGUGCUGACGACGCACGGCACCAUGGAACACUCGGACUGCGCCUUCAUGGUGGACAACGAGGCCAUCUACGACAUCUGCCGUUCGCGACUGGGCAUCGGCAGGCCGCGCUACAUCAACCUGAACCGCCUGGUGAGCCAGGUGGUAUCCUCCAUCACGGCGUCGUUGCGCUUCGACGGUGCCCUCAAUGUCGACCUGACCGAGUUCCAGACCAACCUAGUGCCCUUCCCGCGCAUUCACUUCCCUCUGGCCGCGUACGCGCCCGUCGUGUCCGCGGACAAGGCCUACCACGAGGGCAUGUCCGUCGCGGAGAUCACGGCCGCCUGCUUCGAGCCGAGCAACCAGAUGGUCAAAUGCGACCCGCGGGCAGGCAAGUACAUGGCCUGCUGCAUGCUGUACCGCGGCGACGUCGUACCCAAGGACGUGAACGCCGCCAUCGCCACAAUCAAGAACAAGCGCGGCGUCCGCUUCGUCGAUUGGUGCCCCACUGGAUUCAAGGUUGGAAUAAACUACCAGCCCCCAACUGAAGUGCCUGGUGGGGAUUUGGCUAAAGUGCAUCGUGCAGUGUCAAUGCUAAGCAACACAACAGCCAUUCAAGAAGCAUGGGAGAAACUUGACAGAAAAUUUGACUUGAUGUACGAAAAACGUGCCUUUGUACAUUGGUACACACGAGAGGGUAUGGAAGAAAUGGAAUUCUCUGAAGCCCGUGAAGACCUGGCUGCUCUUGAAAAGGACUAUGAAGAGAUUGCAGUUGACACUGAACCCACACCUGUUGACAGUGAAUACUAACUUUUCCACAUAAAAAGUAUGAUGCUGCAAAGAGAUUCUGACAAAUAUAAUCAGAGUGUACAAACAAAAGAAAUGUGGGCUUUACACAAAGAUCUGUGCGUGCUUCCAUCAUACUGCAUCACGUUAGGUGUAAUAGCACAAUAUCACAGGCUGUCUAGAUCUGCAAGCAUUCCACCCAUACUUUCUCCCAGAUUUACUGAAGGUCUUAUUCCUGUAUGCCAUUAGUCAUGUUUGGCUCAUUUACCUUUUUCUUGUACUUAUACUGUGGAGAGGUGAGACGGAAUAAAAACUUUUAUCUACAUUUUUUGGCAGAAGGUUGAAAAGAAACUGUGUUUUUGAGUGGUGAU